GGGAAUAUCACCACCUAUUCCAGUCAUUCAAUAUCCCCUGCCAAAAUUAAAUUCAUCAAUCAUUGAUCGUUGAACUUCGUAGUGAUUAAAAAGAAAAGCUUUCGGUCAAGUUUUUCUUCUGAAAUUCCAUUCAUUUCUUUCGUCCCCAAAAAAUAUAAAAUUUCUCAAAGAAGUAAAGAAAGCAGAGCAUCGUCGAGCCGUCGUCAACAGAGCUCCUGAAAAUCGAGUAAUCGACAGUGUUCACGAAACUCAGAAGUAUCAAUUCCCCCAGAGUAGUUUCAUCAAUUCAGCUGUAUUUCGUUUUCGCGUCCUUCUCAGCAACAAAAGAAAACCCCCUCCCAGAUUUCUUACACCGUUGUCUGAUUCUUCAUUGAUCAGUAUUUGAAUAAGGGUUUCUAUUCAGUUUUUGAUUUAGGAUUGAAUUUGUCGGUUUCAAGAAACAGAGAGAAAGAAUGGAGGAGAAGAAGUUCCGUGGUACUUGGUCUCGGUAUAAUGCUCUAUUGAAAGUAGCACGCAUGGAGAGAAAGAAACUAUUAGCCAAGCCAGAGCCAGGAGAAAUCAAUGGAAUUCGGAGGAGAAAUGGGUUCGAGAAUUCAUCCUCCCUGACGAAUGAUCACAAAAAGGGACCCAGUACUUCGCAAACGAAAAAGAUCAAGAAGAUUAUGCCUCCUCUUCCUCCUGAGACUGAGAAGAAGAAGAAGAAGAAGCAGAAGAGUAGGAGCGGCGAUACCCCUCAAGAUUCUCAGCCUUUGCCGGCGGUAGAGGCUCAGCCGGCAGUUAACACCUCUGGCCAAUUGGACAAGGUUAGUUCUUCCGAUCAUCAACAAUUACAGGCUGAAGAAGAGCAUGGCGUGAAAUGGGAAAAUCUUUGGAGAAAGAGAAGAAGAACACCUCAAACCGCAGAGAAAGUCUCAGAAGCAGCUGCAGUAGUGCCCCGACAGAGGACGACGAAAAGUGGGAGGUUGCUGAAGUCGCCGAAGAAGUAUAAAGAGUGAUAUUCUCGAAAACCAUUGUUUUCAUCUCAGCAAACCCAAUCAUUACCAUUUAUGAAAAAGUGAGUAGAAGAGCUUCAUUUUUCAAAUUAGUGCUGUAUUUUUUUGAUCCUCUUAAGACUUCUCAGUGAUGACUGAGGAAUGCAGUACUUUCUUCCUAGAAGUAAUUAUUUGAAGCAAAAGGCAAAGAAAUCUGUAAUGAAAUUAGGCUUUUUACAAUAUGAAGUUUCGCUCUUGAG